UGCCCAAGCUGAUCUCAAAUUCCUGGCGUCAAGCAAUCCUCCCGCCUCAACCUCCUAAAGUGCUGGGAUUACAGACAUGAGCCACCGCCCAACCUUAUGUUCUAACUGAUAAAAGUUCAUAAAACUUAUAAAACUCUCAGAAAGUGGAAACCGAUUUGAGAAAUGUCCUAGAUUCAAAAAACUAACUACAGAUCCUUUAGCAGCUUGCAAGUUGGUUGACUUCGGAGACAUUAAUUACUUUGUCUCUCUUGACCGCUAUAAAAGAAGGGUUUAGAGAGGUUCCCAGCUAUGGGCCAAGAACUAAUUACAUCAUAAUCACCUGGGGCCAUUGUUAAAAAUGCGCAUUCCCACACCUUUUCACAGUUCUGAAUCAAUCUCCUGAAUGGGAAUGUUUUCUUAGCAAACAAUCCAGGUGAUUCUCAUGGGCACCCGGGCUUAGGAACUACUGUGACAGAUGAUCUCUUCUGAUGCAAAGAGGUCACUGAGCUUGGCUGUAUUAGCCAGGUUUAGGUGGGGCUGGACCGGGUAGGGACAGGGGACUGUCUGACCUCUCCCAAGGAUUGUGUUCAGGGAACCCAAGGGAAUCUGAGGAGGAAGAGAAAGUUACCACCUUUGCCACACGUGGCAGAGUUCUCUGGAAACUUUCCUCCGUUCCUACCACAGGAAGGCCACAGGCACCAGGGCUUUACUGGCCUAAACCAUAGUUCUGUGCUGACUGAGAGGUUCUGAAAUUUGAAAAAAGGUCUAAAUCCUGCUUCCAGGUUUUUGUGAAGGUGGGGAAAAGCAGAGUGACCUGGGAGAAGUGGUUAUCAACAACACAGCGGUGACUUCUUCCCUGGAGUGAGGAAGGUUUUCCCUUUCCCUGCCCCGAGCUGCAGUGGUGCAGUCUGUUACCUUGGAGACCAGCUAACACAUUCCCACAGGGCAAGCUUCACUGCUGAGUUGCUUGGAGGAGCUUGGAGAAACCAGAAGUGAGAUCUAGGAGAAGCAAGGCCCUGGAGUGCCAGGAACCCUUCUCCUAAAGAUGGAGAAGUAAAUGAAGAAAUACAGGAAAAUAAGCAUUGGGUGUUUUGCAAUGGCUACACAAACUAGUCAUGUCUUCCAUGGCCAAGAAAAUAUGUUUCUGGAAAACCAUUGCAUUAGGAGAAACACUGGCAGAGAUUCAAAGAAGUCACUAAAGCAGAAGAAUGUGAAUGGACUUGGUCAGAAUUCAGACAAUGGAUUACUGGUUACACACGUUAACCAGACACAGGACUUACUGAGGCUGCAGGCGAGCGAGACCCAGUCUUCAGAUUGGGAGGACUCUGAAGACUGGCUUUCGGCUCACAGUUUAAAGUGUCAGAAGCUCACCUUGGCUGACCUGAUAAGCCAGGGCACAGAAGUGCUGGAGGAGGACACCAAUGUUGUGCAGAAAAUACGUUUCUCUACCCAGAUCAUCCGCCACUUUGAGUCAAAGCUUUCUGACACUAUUGAAGUCUAUCAAGAGAGAAUUCAGUGGCUAACAGAAAACAGCAAGAAGGCAUUUGGCCUCAUCAAAGGGGCCAGAGUCAGCAUCCUCAUAGAUGUGUCAGCCGUCAGCAGUGGCCCUCAGAAAGAGGAGUUCCAAAAGGACCUCAUGAGCCUCAUCGAUGAGCAGCUGAGCCACAAGGAGAAGCUAUUUGUCCUGUCCUUUGGCACCAAUGCCAGGUCCCUCUGGCCGGACCCCAUGGAAGUCAGCGCCUCUGUCCUCCAGGAACUUAAGCUCUGGGUAAAAACACUGCAGCCUGAUGGAGGCAGCAACCUGCUACAAGCUCUGAAGAAGAUCUUCACUCUCAAGGGGCUGGAUUCCCUGGUGGUCAUCAUGAGAAGCUGCCCAGAUCAGCCUUCUGAAAUCCUGUCCGACUACAUCCAGCAGUCCACCAUGGGAAGAGAACUCAUCAUCCACUUCAUCACCUACAGCUGUGAUGAUCAGAUGCCCGCUGCUGUCCUGAAGAACCUUGCAGAAGCUGUUAGGGGCUACUACCACUGCUACAGCCCAAAGAUGGAGCUCUACACCAGCCGGGAUAUGGAUGAGCUCCUGGCAGAAAUUCAGAAGGCCCAGAGCCUCCUCAGCCACGUGCAAGCCCUGAGGCACAGCAGCCCCUGUGAGGCGCUCACCUGCACCAUGGAGGAGAUUUCCACAGAGAUUGCAAAUGGGCUACUCAUAAGCCUCUUGCCUAAACCCCCAAAGCAUGACGCUCCUCUCACCAUUGAGUUUCCAAACUUGGACAAGACUUCUGCAGAGUGGCUUAAGGUCAAUGGUCUGAAAGCCAAGAAAUUAAGUCUGUAUCAGGUCCUGGCACCCAACGCAUUCUCUCCUGUGGAGGAAUUUGUACCUAUUCUCCAGAAAACAGUGUCAUCGACUAUCCAUGAGAAGGCAAUGAUACAAUUUGAAUGGCACGAUGGGACAGUGAAGAACAUUCAUGUGGACCCACCCUUCCUCUAUGAGUACCAGAAACAGCUCAACAGAGCUAUGCGGAUGUACGAGAGGCGGAUCGAGUGGCUCUCCCUGGCCAGCAGAAGGAUUUGGGGCACUGUCUGUGAAAAAAGGGUGGUUGUACUGCUUGAUAUCUCUGCGACCAAUUCCAUGUACAUUAUUCAUAUCCAGCACUCCCUGCGGCUGCUGCUGGAGGAGCAGUUAUCCAACAAGGACUACUUCAACCUCAUCGCGUUUGGAAGCACAAGUGAAAGCUGGAGACCUGAGAUGGUUCCCAUGAGCCACGACAAUUUACAAAGUGCCUGGCGGUGGGCCCUGAACCUGCGGUGUUGGGGCAGCAGGAACGUUCUCAGCGCCCUGCGGAAGGCUGUGGAAGUGGACUUCAAGGACAAAGACAAACACCAAUCGCAGGGAAUCUACCUCUUCACUGGGGGCAUCCCUGACCAGGACAUGCCUACACUCAGCGCCUACAUGGCCGAGGCCUGUAGCGGCUGCGACCUCCAGCUGAACGUGUGUCUCUUCUACGUGGGCGAGCCAAAGAUGGACACCACGCCCCCUGCCUGCUAUGCCAGUUGCACUGACACAGCCGCCGCCUACAAGGAGGUCACCCGGGCUGCAGGUGGCCGCUUCCACUGGUUUGGAGACACAGGCAUUUAUGAGAGUGAUGACAUCAGUUCCAUCAUGUCUGAGAUGGAAAAGGCUCUCAACUACUCCCAAAAGUGUGCCUUCCUCAUGGCCUCCCUGAAGAACCAUUCAAGAAAAGUACUGGGAAGUGCAGCCCUCCUGAAAGAAAAACCAAAGACACUUCAGCUAAGAAGUCAGCCCAAGAAGCUCUGCCCUCCCAGGCCCACUGCCCCCUUGGGGGCCAAAAUGAGCAUUAAAGAUGACCCUGACAGAGAGAAGAGCACCCUGCAGAAAUCUCUGAAAUGGCGUCCACUUAGUAGCAGAGCUGGCAUCUUACCAGCUGCGGCCCAGCCAAUGAAAGAAGGGAUGAUGGAACAGAGGAGGAAGACCAAGUCAAGGGAAGCAGAGACAUCUCUUCCGCUGUUCUACACAGAGAAAGGGAAUAAUGUGGGCUCAGUGUACAAGAAGUACCCUCAAGGAAGGGGCGUGAGAAGGAUUAGCUCUUCUAUUGACUUACCCACAAAGGAUACAGUUUGCUCAAGCCAAGAGUGGAUGGCAAAAUAUGGGCUCAAAAAAUUGAAGCUGGAGAUUUCCAGAUGCAUGGGUCCCAACUGCACUCAUCAAAAGUCAGGACAGAGGUCAGCAUCAGCCAAACACUGCAGCAUCUUCCCCAGCGUUGAGAUCCGUGGAGUGGUGAGACACAUUCAGUGGACGCCUGGGGAGAUGGAGGUGUACAUCAGGCACAUGGAGAAGGUGUUAAGGCGCUAUGUCCAGAGGCUGCAGUGGCUGCUGUCCGGGAGCCGCCGACUGUUUGGCACCGUUUUGGAGAGCAAAGUAUGCAUUUUGCUGGACACGUCAGGGUCCAUGGGCCCCUACCUGCAGCAGGUGAAGACAGAGCUGGUUUUGCUGAUUUGGGAACAGCUGAGGAAGCGCUGUGACAGUUUUAACCUGCUCAGCUUUGCAGAGAGCCUUCAAUUGUGGCAGGACACACUGGUGGAGACCACAGAUGCAGCGUGCCAUGAGGCUAUGCAAUGGGUGACCCACCUGCAAGCUCAGGGCAGCACUUCCAUCUUGCAAGCAUUGCUGAAAGCUUUCAGUUUCCAUGAUCUGGAAGGACUGUACCUCCUGACCGACGGAAAGCCAGACACAAGCUGCAGCCUUGUCCUAAAUGAAGUCCAAAGACUCAGAGAGAAAAGAGAUGUGAAAGUGCACACCAUUUCCUUGAACUGCUCAGACAGAGCGGCGGUUGAGUUCCUGAGAAAGCUGGCUUCCUUCACCGGCGGACGCUAUCACUGCCCUGUGGGUGAGGACACACUCUCCAAAAUGUGCGGCCUGCUGACGAAAGGCUUCAUCAAUGAAAACGAUCCCACGCUUCCACCAUUUGAAGGAGAUGAUUUAAGGAGGCUGGCCCAGGAGAUCACCAAGGCCAGAAGCUUCCUCUGGCAGGCCCAGUCCUUCAGAUCCCAGCUCCAGAAGAAAAAUGAUGGAGAACCAAAGGUCACUCUUUCCUAGAGAAGUGUUCUCAGGUAAGGGGAGGGGCUAGACCCCACACUGCCUGAGUGUGCACUAAGCACCAAGUGGCAUGCUCUAUUUUGUGGUCAAUAACAACUCUGGUUAAAAAAUAAUGAUUCCUCUAAACAGAAAUGUCAUCCUGCAAAGGACCACUUACUGAGCAAAUCCCAGCCCAGAGGGCAGGAUGGGGUGGAAUGCUGUGACCCGCAGGGAACAUGAUUCCUGGUACCAGGACUCCCUGGAAGCUGAGGAUGGAAAGGCUCUGUCUUGUGUGUGAGGGGCCAUUCCUGGGUCUAAUCUAACUCUCAGGCCCUGUCCCGCAGUGCACCCUACUCUCCAGCCACUAGACUGUCCCUCGCUGGGAAGCCCUAAACCAACCCCCUGCCUGAAUGGUGCUUCUUGCCUCCUCUGCCUGGAGACUCCUGCUCACCCAUCAAGGCACAGCUCAAAUGACAUCAGCUCCCUGGGACCCAUCUAGAGCCAGGGGGCUCCAGUCUUUCUCUGGCAGCAUCCUGACCACACAAAACUCUCGCACUCAGCACUCCAUGUCACGCCACCUUCCUCGCUGAUCUAGCUCUUCUCCUUGACCGUGAGUUCCCUUGGGAUGAGACUGCUGUUCCAGGAUCUGCAGGUCCCCAGAAGCUGCCACAUGGGAGACACAUGGUGAACAGUGAGCAGGCGGCUGAGCUGCGGGAGCCUAGCUCUGGAAAGCAGCUGAUGGGGUGGUCUCCACCCUGCUCCAUCACAGGCUAAUGCAGAGUCACAGUCAGCCCAUCCUGGAGGAAGAAGAAACCAGUGAGCCUCACCACCACCCUCCAUCCCUGCCCAACCAAACUGAAGUGAAGGCUGCUCAUCCAGGGUCAUUUUCCAAAAUUAAAAACAAUUACUUUUAUUCCACUAGUAGGAGCAACAUGACUUUAACUGUUUGAAAUGAUCAUUGGCGUGUGUGUGUGUUUGUCAGUUUUUAGUGACAUAAAACUUUAUUAAAAGACUCAUACCAUACUAUAUAAAGGAUUUCAAUAAGAAAAAGA